CUCUGUCUGUAUAUACAUAUGUAUAUCUACGCCUCCAUCGACUCUUCCACCUGUCCCGCCGCCGUCACCGCCAUCACUUGCGCCUGCGCUGCCUAGGGUUUUACAGAGCUGGAUUCUCUCCUCUUCCUUCUUCUCUCUAUCUCUCUACGCCGCUCUUUCACCGGCUUCGUCGACUAAUCGCACCCCGCUUCUUGACCUAAACCCCUCCCUCCACAUCGAUUGCCUAAAACCCUCACCUUUUCUCACCAAUCGCCUUAAUUAGUGUUCCUGUUAUGAGUUUUCCUCCGAAAUCAGUUCGACUAGGGCAGGGCUGAGCAAUUAUCUGCAAAUUAGGGCACUUUAUUUUAUGGCAUUGGGGGAUUUGAUGGCGGCAUCACGGUUUUCACAGUCGACGACGGCAGUUUCCAAUCAUUUGGAAGAGUUCACCGAGAAUGGGACUCAUGUUGAGGAGGAUGGCGAAAGGAGUGCUCAUAGUAGCAGUAGCAUUGCCAGUACUAAUAAUAAUAAUGCCAAUGCCCGUGAUUUAACCGAAACUGCGAGCAGCAGCUAUACGGAAAUGACCACCACCACGAGCAUGGCUUACUUGCCACAGACUAUAGUGUUGUGUGAGCUUCGGCACGACGGAUUUGAGGACUGUAUUCCAGCAGGGCCCUCGGAUAGCGGCUUGGUCUCUAAAUGGCGGCCCCGGGAUAGGAUGAAGACAGGAUGCGUUGCCUUAGUUUUGUGUUUAAAUAUCAGCGUUGAUCCACCUGAUGUUAUAAAGAUAUCUCCUUGUGCACGGAUGGAAUGUUGGAUUGAUCCAUUUUCAAUGGCACCACAAAAAGCUAUUGAAACAAUUGGAAGAACCUUGAAUCAACAAUAUGAAAGGUGGCAACCCAAGGCUCGUUACAAGUAUUCAUUGGACCCCACUGUAGAUGAUGUAAAGAAACUGUGCACAACAUGCCGUAAAUAUGCAAAAUCUGAAAGAGUUCUGUUCCACUACAAUGGACAUGGAGUGCCUAAGCCAACUCCGAAUGGUGAAAUUUGGCUAUUUAAUAAGAGUUAUACACAGUACAUACCUUUGCCAAUCAGUGAUUUGGAUUCCUGGCUGAAGACACCUUCUAUAUAUGUGUUUGACUGCUCUGCUGCUGGGCUAAUUAUCAGUGCCUUCAUUCAGCUCCAAGAUUAUUCCAGUUCAACUUCUGGAGCUCCCACGAGGGAUUGCAUUUUACUUGCGGCCUGUGAAGCUCACGAGACACUUCCGCAAAGUGCUGAGUUUCCUGCUGAUGUAUUUACAUCUUGCCUCACGACGCCAAUAAAAAUGGCUUUAAGAUGGUUUUGCACUCGGUCGCUGCUGCACGAGUCCUUUGAUUAUUCUUUGAUAGAUAGAAUUCCUGGCCGUCAAACAGACCGGAAGACCCUUCUUGGGGAAUUAAACUGGAUAUUCACAGCUGUGACUGACACUAUCGCAUGGAAUGUACUUCCACAUGAUUUGUUCCAGCGUUUGUUCAGACAAGAUCUUUUGGUUGCCAGCUUGUUUAGAAACUUUUUGCUGGCUGAAAGGAUUAUGCGAUCUGCAAAUUGUUCUCCAAUUUCAUAUCCAAUGUUGCCACCUACACAUCAGCAUCAUAUGUGGGAUGCAUGGGAUAUGGCUGCUGAAAUCUGUCUCUCUCAGCUUCCAACAUUAGUUGAGGACCCAAAUGCAGAGUUCCAGUCAUGUCAGGUUGAUCUUGUGAAGGAUGGUGGGCAUGCUUAUUUCAUUAGGUUUCUUGAUAGUGUGGAAGCCUACCCUGAGCAACGGGCAAUGGCUGCAUUUGUACUGGCCGUCAUUGUGGAUGGUCACAGGCGGGGUCAGGAGACCUGCAUUGAGGCUGGUCUUAUACAUGUCUGCCUCAAGCACCUCCAGUGUUCAUCUCCUAAUGAAGCACAAACUGAACCUCUAUUCCUUCAGUGGAUAUGCUUGUGCCUUGGGAAACUAUGGGAAGAUUUUUCAGAAGCUCAACUGUUAGGCCUGCAGGCCGAUGCUCCAGAUAUUCUUGCUCCUCUUCUAUCUGAGCCCCAACCAGAGGUACGUGCGGCAGCGGUUUUCGCUCUAGGCACUGCCCUUGAUAUAGGGUUUGACACGUCGAGAGAUGGUAAUGGAGAUGAAGAUUGUGAUGAUGAUGAAAAAGUUAGGGCUGAAGUCAGUAUCAUAAAGAACAUUUUAAGUGUUGUUUCUGAUGGAAGCCCAUUGGUGCGAGCUGAAGUUGCUGUGGCUCUUUCGCGGUUUGCCUUUGGCCACAACAAACACCUGAAGUCAGUUGCUACUUCAUAUGGGAAACCCCAAUCUGGUUCUGUACUCACUUCCUUACCGUCUUUUGCUGUCAAGGGUUCUAGUAGUGGCUAUACAACUCCAACUCACUACAUGUCUCAUGGAAGUAUAGUUCCUUCACCAAUUGCUCCGUUAUUACGAGUUGGCAAUGACAGCCAGCCUCUUGUUCGUGAUGGGAGAGUAUCUACCAGCAGCCCUCUUGCUACCUCUGGGAUAAUGCAUGGGUCUCCACUUUCUGAUGAUUCAUCCCUGCAUUCUGAUUCUGGAGCACCAAAUGACUCUGUCAGCAAUGGGGUUCUUCACCACUCAAGGCGAAAACCACUUGAUAAUGCACUGUACUCACAGUGUGUAUUAGCUAUGUGCAAUCUGGCGAAGGAUCCAUCGCCACGUGUUGCAUCCCUUGGAAGGCGAGUAUUAUCUGUUAUUGGUAUUGAACAAGUUGUUGCUAAAUCAGUCAAGCCUGCUGGUGCAAGUGCUCGUCUUGGUGAAUCAGCAGCAAGCUCCAGUCUGGUUGGACUAGCUCGUUCAUCAUCUUGGUUUGAAUUAAAUGGAGGAGCCCAUUUGCCGCUGACGUUCAGAACUCCUCCCGUUAGUCCUCCUAGGCCAAGCUACUUGACUGGAAUGCGGAGAGUUUGUUCCUUGGAAUUCAGACCGCAUCUGAUUAAUUCUCCAGAUUCAGGGCUAGCUGAUCCAUUUUUAGCUUCUGCUGGGCCAUCUGGUGCUUCAGAACGUAGUUUUCUUCCACAGUCAAUGAUCUAUAACUGGAGCUGUGGUCACUUUUCAAAGCCGCUUCUUACCGCAAUGGAUGAUAGUGAAGACAUAAUUGCUAGAAGAGAAGAAAGGGAGAAAUUGGCACUUGAUCAUAUAGUAAAAUGCCAACACUCCUCUGUGAGUAAACUGCAUAAUCAAAUUGCCAGUUGGGAUACUAAGUUUGAGACGGGCACCAAAACUGCUUUGCUGCAGCCAUUCUCGCCUGUUGUGAUUGCUUCGGAUGAAAAUGAAAGGAUUAGGGUCUGGAAUUAUGAGGAAGCAACCCUGCUCAACAGUUUCAGUAACCAUGAUUACCCUGACAAAGGAGCUUCAAAGUUGUGUCUUGUAAAUGAAUUUGACGAGAACAUGCUUCUAGUUGCAUCAAAUGAUGGGAAUAUCCGGAUUUGGAAAGAUUACACAUCAAAAGGACAACAGAAAUUAGUUACUGCUUUUGCGUCGAUUCAGGGUCGCAGACCUGGUGCCCAUGGUGUGAAUGCUGUUGUGGAUUGGCAACAGCAGUCAGGGUAUCUUUUUUCUUCUGGUGAUAUUUCAUCUAUCAUGGCUUGGGAUCUGGACAAAGAGCAGCUUGUCAAGACCAUUUCCUUACCCCAAGAUUCAAGCAUCUCAGCGCUGGCUGUUUCUCAAGUUCAUGCAGGUCAAUUUGCUGCUGGUUUUGUUGAUGGUUAUGUCAGAUUAUAUGAUAUUCGUACUCCCGAGAUGCUUGUUACUGAAACCCGACCUCACACUCAACGAGUUGAAAGAGUUGUUGGUAUUGGCUUCCAACCUGGUCUUGAACCAGCAAAGAUCGUAAGUGCAUCACAAGCAGGAAAUAUCCAGUUCCUAGAUAUGAGACGCGCCAAAAACACGUACCUGACUAUCGAUGCCCAUAGGGGAUCACUCACAGCUUUAGCCGUCCACAGGCACGCCCCUCUUAUAGCAAGUGGCUCAGCCAAGCAACUCAUCAAAGUCUUCAAUCUUGAGGGCGAUCCAUUAGGCACUAUUCGGUACUAUCCCACUUUCAUGGCCCAAAAGAUCGGAUCCGUUAGCUGCCUGACCUUCCAUCCCUAUCAAGUAUUACUCGCUGCUGGUGCUGCUGAUGCUUGUGUUUCCAUAUAUGCUGAUGAGAUUUCUCCACCAAGAUGAAUUAUUUUAAUCUCUGGACACGACCUGGCAAUUUGGAGUUGAGCAACUACGUUGCCUGCAUAUGACUGACCGAUCAAUCGAAAAUGUCAUCUCUUGGUAUGAAGGUGCGUACUCGGCUCUCGCACUUGAAGGUGUAUAAUAUAUUAAUUAAGCCUCCACUCAUUUGGAUCAACUCUGGGAGAAAGGAAGAAAGAAUCGACUGAUUCUAUGGAGGCUUUGGCAAAUAAUCUUUGUUUAUAGGUCAAGAAAGGUGUAGAUAUGCCCAUUUUUAUUUUUUAUUUUACUUCAUCUUCAAUAUGCCCUUUCUGUAUUUCCUUAGUAUUUCCGUUUUCUCUUUUCCUCUCUUUUUCCCUUCUUUUCGUACACAUUAACAGCUGCAGCAACUUUGCUCAAUUUGUAUAGUUGAAAUGGUUUCUAACUAAUUAUAGUUUAACUGUUAAUCUCAA